AUGAUGGAAUGGCGUCUUGGCUUAACUGCUCUUAAAAUAGGUAAUCGUUAUCGAUGCUCUCAAACGGAUAUGUUUGCAGAUGAAAUACGAAAAUCAGUUGUUGCAAGUCAUUUUGCUAGGUCAGGAAUAUCAGGUAAUAAUUCAUCGAAAGAUAUCUUCCGUAUCUUAAUGACAUAUAGCAAGUCUAUAGAACCGAUAUUUCCUCAGCUUGUUUCUCUCGUUGUUUUCCAAUCAUUAUCAACUAGUGAAGAAGGUUUUGAACUUAAAUAUGAACAUACAAUUAUGAAUGCCUACGUUCCUCAUCGUUCUCUCAUCUCCAUCACAAUUAGAGUUCUCAACUUAACUACACUUCACGUACUUCUUCAUUAUCUUUCACAACUUGAAUAUUUAGAUGUAUAUAUUACCGACGUUAUUUAUUCAAUGAAAACUAAUGAUGAAGAUCUGCCAACAAAAUUAGAUUAUCCGAAAAAACUGCGUGUGCUUCAUUUAAGUUUUGAAUAUUCGAGCUACAAUAAUAGCACAGGAACAGUACAAAAUGGAAUACCCUGCUAUUGUUCUUUGAAUAUUGAACUUUGUAAUUUCUAUAUGACUUCAUAUGUAUGGAUUCAUCUUGUGAUCAUGUCUUUUUUACCAUUUGGUAUUAUAAUGAUGUGUACACUUCUUACAAUAAAAAAGUUGAUUAUUAAACAAACAACAAUAAAUGAUCAAUCAUUAAGAAGUGCUCAACAUAAGCGUCGUACUUCAGUUAUACUAUUACUUAUGUAUUUGGCGUACGUUAUUUGCACUCAAGGAUCAGAUUAUGGGACAUGCUUAUACGGGCACGGUGUUGCUCGCCUCAAGCACAUUAAUGUAUACAAGAAACGCGAUAAAUAUAUUCUUAUUGUACAUAUCUGUCCGUGGAUUUCGACAAAUAAUAUAUGA